UGGCUCAGAAGAAGACGGCCCUGACUGAGGCCCCGUCGGUGACUGGACAGCCCGGCCCUGGCCAUGGGAAGAAGCUGGGCCACCGAGGCGUGGACGCGUCCGGCGAGACCACCUACAAAAAGACAACCUCAUCCACCCUGAAGGGUGCCAUCCAGCUGGGCAUCGGCUACACCGUGGGCAACCUGAGCUCCAAGCCUGAACGUGAUGUGCUCAUGCAGGACUUCUACGUGGUGGAGAGCAUCUUCUUCCCCAGUGAAGGCAGCAACCUCACCCCUGCCCACCACUUCCAGGACUUCCGGUUCAAGACUUAUGCCCCUGUCGCUUUCCGAUACUUCCGGGAGCUCUUUGGGAUCCGGCCGGAUGAUUACUUGUACUCUCUGUGCAAUGAGCCACUGAUUGAACUGUCCAAUCCGGGUGCCAGCGGCUCGCUGUUCUACGUCACCAGCGACGACGAGUUCAUCAUCAAGACGGUCAUGCACAAGGAGGCCGAGUUCCUCCAGAAGCUACUACCCGGCUACUACAUGAACCUGAACCAGAACCCACGCACACUGCUGCCCAAGUUCUACGGGCUGUACUGCGUGCAGUCAGGCGGCAAGAACAUCCGAGUGGUGGUCAUGAACAACGUGCUGCCACGCGUGGUCAAGAUGCACCUCAAGUUCGACCUCAAGGGCUCCACGUACAAGCGGCGGGCCAGCAAGAAGGAGAAGGAGAAGAGCAUGCCCACCUACAAGGACCUGGACUUCAUGCAGGACAUGCCCGAGGGGCUGUUGCUGGACGCUGACACCUUCAGCGCCCUGGUCAAGACCCUGCAGCGAGACUGCCUGGUGCUGGAAAGCUUCAAGAUCAUGGACUACAGCCUGUUGCUUGGCGUCCACAACAUUGACCAGCAAGAGCGAGAGCGGCAAGCAGAGGGCGCCCAGAGCACCUCGGAUGAGAAGCGGCCCGUGGGCCAGAAGGCGCUCUACUCCACCGCCAUGGAGUCCAUCCAGGGCGGGGCUGCGCGGGGGGAAGCCAUCGAGACCGAUGACACGUAGGUGGGGUGGGGGAGAGCCACCCACCUUCCACCCUGCCCUCCCCUGGGGCGCCAGCUCAUCCCUGAGUUGGGAGAGGAACCUGUGCUGACCUGCCUAGGUCCUCUCCACAGGUUCAUCAAGAAGCUGGAGCACACAUGGAAGGCCCUGGUCCACGACGGGGACACGGUCUCCGUCCACCGCCCCAGCUUCUACGCCGAGCGAUUUUUCAAGUUCAUGAGUAACACGGUCUUUCGGAAGAAUUCCUCCCUCAAGUCCUCCCCUUCUAAGAAGGGGCGCGGCGCCUUGCUGGCUGUGAAGCCCCUGGGGCCCACGGCCGCCUUCUCGGCCAGCCAGAUCCCCAGCGAGCGGGAGGAGGCCCAGUACGACCUUCGAGGGGCCCGCAGCUACCCCACGCUGGAAGACGAAGGCCGGCCAGACCUCCUGCCCUGCACCCCACCUUCUUUUGAGGAAGCCACCACCGCCUCCAUCGCCACCACUCUGUCAUCCACCUCCCUCUCCAUUCCAGAGCGGUCGCCAUCCGAGACGUCAGAGCAGCCGCGGUACAGGUGAGGGGGGGGAGGGGAGGGGAGGGGGCACAGAGCAGGUGGAGUGCUGGAGCGGCAGCUGCAGUGGGUGACAGGGAGCUAGUGGGCAGAGCUGCAAGGCCUGGUGGGAGGUGUGGCUGCAGCGAGUGGGCGGGGCACCUGCACUGGGGUGGAGGCUGCCCCAGCCGGAGCAUCUGCCGUCACUGUGGACGUGGACACGGCCAGCCAGGCUUCGGAGCCCGCCAGCCAGGCCUCCGAUGAGGAGGACGCGCCCGCCACCGACAUCUACUUUUUCGCCGAUGGGAGGUACUGGAUUUUCUCUCCCCGUCAUCGCCGACUGCGGGCCAUGACGCCAAGCGCCUCGGCCACUCCCACGGAUGAGAGGAGCUGGGUGUACUCCCCGCUUCACUAUUGCGCGCAGGGGCAGCCCGCCUCCGACGGCGAGAGCGACACAUAAUGUCUAUGCAGUCCCCACCCGAGCCCGGCGCCCGCCUCGCCCCGGCUGCUUCCUGGAGGCGCUGCCCGCCCGGCGGAGGCCACGUGCCCAGCGACCGGCCGCCCGGGCCACCCCUGGCCGGACCUCGUCCUCGUCCUCCCCUGAUGGAUGCUGACAGCGAGCCCGUCCCCACCGACAGUUCCAGGGACGACGGGGUCCGCCCCAGUAUCCAGGCCCGGGGAGCAGCGACCUGUGGAGCAGCAGUCGUGUAUUUAUUUGGGGUCCUUCCUUCACAGAGACGGAAGCACGCAUGUGCUUUUCUACGAAAAAAUGACAGAAGACACACACAAAAGCGCAGGAGACCCCGGGUGGGUCUCUGCUGCAUUUGCAUGUGUCCCGGUGGCCCUGGGAAAGCCUGCCCACUCGAGCCUCACCGAGCUGGGCAGCACAGAGGUGGCAGACACCUGGAAGCAGCGCCUCCCUCCCUCGACUCAGGUUUGGGGGCUUCUGUGCAGGAUGGGCAUCCCCGGUGGUGGUCCUGCCCAACCCUCUGCCCCUCCCCCCCACACCCACUUAACGCCAGGAGGGAUGCCCCACCACCCGUGUGCACUAUGGGUAAGAAUGGCCAAGACGUUAACAAUCAGACCCGCACCAGGAGGGACCUUGCACCCAUGCCACUCCAUCUUGGUACAGCUUGGGACUGUGGGCCACACGAUGCCCAGAAAGGACUCCAAGUAAAAUAACCUUGGGCAGGAGACCCUGGCCUCAGGACGGGUAUAGACAGCAGAGUCCUGGAGAUGACCAGGGCUGACCUUCAGCCACUCCACCCCAUGGUGGCUACCCAGGGCCUGGGAGUCCCCUUCCAGGCCAGGAUGGGCACAUCUGUACAGUGACCGGCACACCUCAGCAGAUGAGCAUCCAGGGCCACCGGGCCUCACGAGGCUGCGGCCAUCAUCACCACACAGGACUCCUGGAGGUGAAAUGGGUCACUGUCGUCAGCACUCCUCCCCUAUCCAAGAAGCCCUGGCAGGAGAAGACACACCUUCGGGAAGAAGCUUAACCUUGGGUCAGCCAGGAAUCAGGUUUUCUUCCACUGUUGGAGGAAGUGCAGGUGUGGCUCAAGUGGUAGAGCACCAGCCUUGAACAGAAAAGCUAGGA